AAUAGGCUACUUAUUCAAAUGUGAUGCACUGGGAAGUAGUGAUGUGAAGUGCACAAUGUGGAAAUUAACUAUAUUAUUAAUUCUGAACAUUUGUGGACUAGUGAGUGUGUGUACAGGGGAGUCAGUAACAAAAUAUCAAUCGUGUUCAAAUCUCGAUAUACCGCAAUUUGUCAAUUUUGACCUCAAUGAGUUUGCUGGAACGUGGUAUGAACUUAGUAGAUACCCGCGGGCAACACAAAAUGGUCAGUGUAACCAUGUUGAAUACGGGACACCGGGUAGAAAUGGUGAAAUGUCAGUAGUGAACAGGCAAGUUGUAAAUGAAAGAUGGACUUCAAUAUCAGGAACAGCUACUGCGGAUAACACUGGACAAAUUACGGUUACAUUAACUGUCGACGGACAGGAAAAAGUUUCAACCCUGCAAGUUUUGACUUUCAAUGAACAUUAUGCAGUUUUAUUCAGCUGCCGUGACCUGGAAACCGGAGGAAACCAAUUGGAGAGUUGGAAAAUGAGCAGAACUCCGUCUUUAGAAUCGCGUUAUGAAAUUGAAAUGAAUGAGUUCCUUCGCAACAAUCUUCUUCUUGAUCAAAUAAAAUAUGAACCUACAACGCAGUCAUGCUUACACUAUCCAGAAUUUAAUCCACUAAUGGUCAACAUGAAUCAGCCUCUCCCAACUUGCAACAUCAGUGGUGUUAAAGACUUCAAUUUAACUGCUUAUUCCGGCACAUGGUUCGAAAUUAAAAGAUACCCGAAUUCAGAACAAAAUGGUCAGUGUAACCGCGCUGUAUACGAGCUACUUCCUGGUGGCGACGUCUCAGUAUUGUACAGUGAAGUUGUUGACGAAAGACUGGUAACGAUAUCAGGGAGGGCUGUUGCCAACAAAUACGGACCUGGAUCGUUGCAGGUUGAUUUGAAUGUGAAUAACGGGAUUCAAAGAUCAAAUUAUCACGUUCUAGCAGUCGACUAUGACGAUUAUGCUCUUCUAUGUAGCUGCAUCGAUACACAAAAUGGCUAUAUGCAAGUCCGCAGUUGGAUGCUUAGCAGAAAAGAGACUCCGAGCGAAGCGGCUAAUAUUGCCAUUAGCGAAGUCAUAAGCAUCACCAAUGAACUCGACCAAGGUUCCUACAUAGUGACCAGUCAAGACCCAGUUGAUUGUUUCUACUAUCCAGAUUUUGAUCAACCACCAUACAUCGAGCUUCCUGGAAAUUGUGAUCACAACAUAAGAGGUGUUGCGAACUUUAACGCAAUUGCUUAUUCCGGCCCGUGGUUAGAAGUCGCUAGAUACCCGAAUUCCGAACAAAAUGGUCAGUGUAACCGUGCUGUAUACGGGCCACUUCCUGGUGGCGCCAUCUCAGUAUUGCACAGUGAAGUAGUUGACGAAGAAUGGCAAGCCAUAUCAGGGGAGGCUGUUGCCCACAGAGACGGAACUGGAGAGUUGCAGGUUACUUUAAAUGUGAAUAAUGGUACUGUACUAAACGACUAUUACGUCCUUGCGACCGACUACAACGAAUAUGCUCUUGUCUACAGCUGCACCGAUAAUUCAGAUAUCAGAAACAAACGAGUUGGCAGUUGGAAACUUAGCAGAACUGGAACACUGAGGCCAACGGCUGAGACUGUCAUGGAUGAAAUUAUAAAGAAGACCCAUGGUCUCCAUCAAAAGUACUAUCAGACCACAAGCCAGUCACCAGAUGAUUGUUUCUACUAUCCAGAUUUUGAUCAACCACCGGAUUAUAUAGAGUUGCCUGGACCUUGCAGUACUGCCAUCAAAGGUGUUUCAAACUUUAAAAUGGCCGCUUUUGCAGGCCCGUGGCUAGAAGUCGCUAGAUACCCACUACCAACACAAACUGGACAAUGUAACCGUGCCGAAUAUGCUGUGAUGACUACACGGGCAGGCAUGUCAGUAAUCAACAGCCAAAUAGUGGAUAAGAGACUGUUCACUAUAGCAGGACAGGCUAUUCUUACAAGCGUAGAUAAAGUUGGCCAGUUGCGAGUAACCCUUAAUGGGAGUAAUAACGAAAAUUGGCAAUUUAACUCCUACAUACUGGCAACCGACUACUUCAAUUAUGCACUUGUAUACAGCUGCACUAAUGUAGACAACGGUAACAGACGACGAGUUGGCAGCUGGAAACUAAGUAGGACCGGAAUACUGACUCCACAGGAUAAUGCUGCUAUUAAUGAAGUGAUUACUAAAACUCAAGGUCUUACCAACAAAUACUAUCAGAUUACGGAUCAGAGUGAUGAGGCGUGUUUCUACUAUCCCGAUAUAACUCCGAAUGAUAGUAUCAUAAUACCUGGCCAGUGUGACGAAACUAUUUCCGGAUUUGCGCCCUUUGAUAUAAAUCAAUUCCAGGGAACUUGGUACCAGAUUAAAAGAUAUGACCCAGUCACAACUUCUUGUGUUGGCACAAGAUUGACUCAAGACUCUGACAACAUCAAUUUAAUGUCGUACGAAGUAGUCGAUGGUCAGUUUUCAAUCAAACAUAGGAGAGGCAGAAUCAAUUCCACUGAUAAUAUCGGACAGUUUUCUUUGUUUAUGCCCGUAGGUGGCUCAGAAGAAACUACCGAAAUAAUAAUCUACAUAUUGACGACAGACUACACGAGUUAUGCGUUAGCAUACAGCUGCAAAAACGAAGACAAUUUUCGACGACGAAUUCGAGCCUGGCAGCUGAGUCGCGGAAGGACUAUGUCACCUGCUGGAGAGACCGCCAUCGCAGAUCUGAUAGAACAGAGACAAGAGCUCCAUCAAUCAUAUUUUAGAACGGUCGAACAAAAUGAUUUAUAUUGUCCAGAACCCAGUGCAGCAUUUUUAGUUAAGAGCACCACCAUUGUGAUUUUUGUGUGCAUUGUAGUGAAUUUCAUAAUUUAAGUUACAGAAAAUCCAUUCAGAUCGGUUUAAUAAAAAUAAUUGUUCGAUAAAGGCUCCAUUAAAUUCAGGCCAACCUAGAGUUACAGAGCUAGAGACACAUAGCGCAAGUACUAAUCUCUGUCGCGCAGCCAACUAACUUUAAUUUGAAACCUAUUCUAGGAUGUUAUAAUACUAAUUUUUAAAAUUGUUGUAAAUGGUGUUUGAUUAAUAUAAGUAUGUAUAACAC